CUUAGACUCUACCUACAAGAUAACACAUACACCUUAUAAAUGUUUCCCAAACGACAAAUAUAAUUGUAAAUUAUUUAUUUAGAAAAUAUCCAAUCUCUAUUUUUGUAACAAAAAAAAAAAAAAAAAAAAGAAAAACAAACGCAAGUAAGCAAAGUGGAAUGCUCUACGUAUGAGAAAUAAAAAUUCCGCGCCGUGCCCGUGUGUGAAAGUCGUUGUAUAGUUUGUGUGUUAUAAUAUUACGGAAAAAGAGAAGAGGAAGAAGUAAAAGGCGCAAAUAUUCCUUUUUUUCAUUCUCUACUAUCUACCAAGGAAAAAUUCCAAAAUUAAAAGGAAUACGAAGAAUUUUUUUCAUAGUGAAUUGAGUAGUGUAUAUUUGAAAUAACGGAGAAAAAUUUUAAAAAUUUUAUAUUUUUGACAAACAAAAAAAAAAAAAAAUAAUAAUAAUACCGUCUGGAAAAGAGGGGAAACAUGGCGGUGAGAAUGGAGAAUGUUGCCGCGACAAGGAAGAUCAACUACAAAAUGAUGGGCUCAAAUGGUCCACGACCAACAUACGCUGGGGCGAAUAAUGGCAAUGCGGGAAGCGGCGGCGCUGGCGGUGGUGCAGGCGGAGCAGGUGGCCAAAGUAAUGUGGGAGUGGGUCCAAAUGCUGGUAGCGGUGGCGUUGGCCAUGGUUUGAAGGGUGGGGCCGGUGGUGGGCCCAGGGGUGGUAAUCCAGUGCAAUAUCGUGCGAGUGGCGCCGCAUGGGGUGCAGCGCCAUCACAUGCAGCAGCGGCAGUGGCAGCCGCAGCAGCAGGUUAUCCGCCAUAUACUCGGUAUCCAAAUGCGGCUGCAGCAGCGGCGCAGAUGCCCGUUGGCGCACAACAGAUACCACCAGCUCCAAAUCCAUACAGCGCCACUUCAUACGCCCAACAUGCAACCGUCAAUAAUCAAUACGGUGGACAACGAGUACCAACAGCCUCGUCACCAGCGAAUACAAAUAGUAGCUCCAGUAGCGCCACAGGUAGUCAAAGUGGUACAAUGAGUACUAAUCUUAGCAAUAAUGCAAUGCAGGGACAACAGGUGGAGCAAUUGUCGAAAACAAAUUUGUAUAUUCGUGGCCUCAACCAAAAUACAACAGAUAAAGACCUCGUUAAUAUGUGUUCUCAGUAUGGAACUAUAACCUCUACAAAGGCGAUUCUGGACAAAAAUACCAAUAAAUGUAAAGGUUAUGGCUUUGUAGACUUUGAGACACCGUCGGCGGCAGAGGGUGCUGUGAAAGCACUGGUGUCCAAGGGCAUCCAAGCGCAGAUGGCGAAAGUGGGUAUCUGGUUGCUCCGUAGACUGGCCAGUGUACGUUGGUUGUGCAUGCAACAACAGGAGCAAGACCCAACCAAUUUGUACAUUGCCAAUCUGCCACUCAAUUUCAAAGAGAAUGACGUCGAAGGAUUGCUCGCUCAAUAUGGCCAAGUUAUUUCCACGAGAAUUUUGCGUGAUACAACCGGACAAAGUAAAGGUGUAGGAUUUGCGAGAAUGGAAUCAAAGGAGAAAUGUGAACAAAUUAUUCAAAUGUUUAAUGGCAAAGCAUUGCAGGGGGGAAAGGAUCCGUUAUUAGUGAAAUUUGCUGAUGGUGGCAAUAAGAAAAAAUCAUUGUACAAAAGUGCGAUAUGGAGGGAGACGGGUGAUGUGAGUAAUUUGAAUAUGGCUCUAAAUUACGACACGUCUGGAGUCGGACAAAAUGGAGUUGCCACGGCGCACAUGUUACCUGCGACAGCAUUAACACAAUUCAGAAGUCAUUAUGGACAAGCAGUACCUGGUUAUAAUGUGCCAGGAGCGCCAUGGGUCACUCCAUACCUCGUGCAAACUGGACCUCCACACAUGCAACAGGUCGACAUGAUGCCAUCAGCUGAUCCUAGCAACCCUCAAUAUAGUAUGAUUCCUCAAAUUACAACCCAAAUGUCCACAUUACAUCUUGGCACCGGUUCGUACAUCGCAGCAAGUCCGCACCCGUAUCCAUACACGACUUAUCCACCACCAAGCAUCAUUCACACCAUGCCAUUGGGUGAUUCCGAGCAGACGAGCAAUGCAGCAUCACCCGAUGAUUCUUAUCAACAGUACCAGGCUCAGCAGCCCAAGUUCGACUAUACCGAGGGUUACAUAAGUUAGAAGAGGUACUCACCCCGUUGAUAUGUUGAAGAAUGUGUGAAAAAUGAAAAUUGAGAAGAAAAAAACAAAACAAGCAAACAACAAAAAAAAAUUGAA